AUGAAUUGGAUUACUGUAGUUGUUGCACUUGGUGUCGUGGACUUAGCAGCUUGUGGAAAUGCCCUUAGUCCACAUUUCCUGGCUUGGAUGAAAGAAAAUUAUAAGCCAGAAGAAGUUGCAGCAUUUGUUAGAGAUGAUUUAAUCACUGGAAGUUUUGGAGGAGGAGUUCUUACACAAGAACCAAAAGAUCGCCCAACCAUUUUGGUUCACGGGUUGAACAAUGAAGCCGGUAGUUUGUGGAAAAUUGUCCGGGAUUUCGGUACGCUUGGGUUCACACGUACAUACCUAUUUGCUACAACUUGGGGGAGAGGUGUGGAAAAAAUGAAUUUGAAUGUUGCCAUGAGUUGUGGACAUGUCAGACAUAUUCGUCGUUUCAUCGAAGCUGUUCUCAAGUACACUGGAGCUCCACAAGUAAACAUUAUCGGAUAUUCAAUGGGUUCUCCAAUAGCCAGAAAAGCGAUUCUCGGAGGAAAAUGUGUUGAUGAUCCGAAUGUUGAAUUAGGACCAUCUAUUCAAUCGAAAGUUCACACGUACAUUUCUGUAGCUGGAGCCAAUCAGGGAUCUCAUCUCUGUAUGCUUCCAUUCUUCGAUAUUUGCAACAUGAACACUGGAUUAAUGUGUGGUUCUAAAUUUUUGAAUGAUAUCAACUGGUUCAAGAACUACGAGUCAACAUAUAAGAGUUUCAAUAUUGCUUCAACUGCAGACUUUGUUGUUGGAUAUUUGGCGUGUGGAAAGAAAGCAUCUGAAUUCGCAGGUGCACAUGAAUACAAAGUUGAUGGAAUGAAUCACGAACAAACUGAAUUCGACACUGCUGCAAUUCAAUUUAAUAUGUUGAGAGAAUCCACUGCUGGACAAUCGAAGAGUCGUCCAAUAGCGAAGACAGCACAAGAGAAGACUAAGAAAGGAGAAGUUUCUGAUUCAAAGAAAAGAGAUCUUAGACACAGUCCACCAAAGAAACCAAUUGCUCCAAAACAAUCUCCACAAAAGAAGUCUGCACCAAAGAAGUCAUUCCAAAAGAGAGCACUAGCCAAGAAAGCUUCACCACCAAAGAAGGCAUCUCCGGUAAAAAAAAUGGUUCCAGCUAAAAAAGAUUCGGCGAAACGAGAGGCGCUGAAAAAGAAAAAUCAAAAGAAAAACGCCAAAAAGGAUAAGAAGAAGCCGGCUAGAAGUUGA